CUCUGGCAUCAAGCAGAGCGAGAGCAAGGCCUGGUGCGGCGGUCACAGCUGUUGUGUUGUGUGCGGAGAUCUCGGCUCCUCAGACCAAAUAGAAGGACACAAGGAUCUGUACCAGGACAUAGUCAUGAUGGAGGAUCACCGGCCCCUCACAUCACAAGAUGGAGUCAUUGAUAGAAAUCCACCCGAGAGGUGUCCCCGCCCUCUGUAUUCCCAGGACUGUCCAGAGGGAAAUGUCCCAGAGAAGCAUCAGUGAAUUGUUCUAUAUGUCACAUCAGGGGGGAGAUCUGAAUGUCAAAGUGGAGGAAGAAGAAGAGAGGAUGAGGGACGAUCAACCACAUAUGGCGGAAGUGAAGGAGGAAAUGCCAGGAGGUGUUACCCCAGAAAAUCCCGUAAAGGAUUCUGAAGAAAACAUGUCCUCCCCGAAAGAUAAAGGAGAAGAAGAAGAAGAAGACGACCUCAAGCAGCACUCCUCUGGAGAAGAAGUUACCCCUAAGGUGCAUCCAAGACGUCACAGGAAGAAACGAUCAUUUUAUAACGCCUUUAAUUAUAGGGAACCCAAUUACGUGGAACCUAGUUAUGAGGAACUUUCUCCUGAACCACCGCAGGCUGUAUCCGCAAGUACAGACGAGAAAGAGGGGGAAGAAUUCGAUGUGGUGAAUGUGGAAAAGCAUUAUACGAGAAGAUCGUCUCGUUUUGCGCACAAUAAAAUCCACUUAGGAAAGAAGAAAUACACGAUAAUAUGUUCUGAAUGUGGGGAAUGUUUUUCAUACAAUUCAGAGCUGAUUAAACACGAGAGAAUUCACUCCGGAGAGAAGCCGUAUCCAUGUUUAGAAUGUGGGAAAUGUUUUACCCACAAGUCAAGUCUUGUCAUACAUGAGAGACGACAUUCAGGAGAGAGGCCAUAUACGUGUUUGGAAUGUGGGAAAUGUUUUACCCAAAAGUCUGAUCUCGAUAGACAUGACAAAACUCACACUGGAACAAAGCCGUAUUCAUGUCUAGAAUGUGGGAAAAGCUUUGCACAAAAGUCAGAUCUUGUUAGACAUGGGAGGAGUCACACAGGAGAGAAGCCGUACUCCUGUUUAGAAUGUGGUAGGUGGUUUACAUAUAAAUCAGAUCUUGUUAAACAUGAGGCUGGUCACACUGGAGAGAAGCCAUUUUCAUGUUCAGAAUGUGGGAAAUGUUUUCCCCAUAAAUCACGUCUAGUUAGACAUCAGAAAUGCCACACAGGAGUAAGGAGACCGUAUGCAUGCACACAGUGUGAGAAAAGGUUUAAAACUGAAGUCAAACUAAAGAAUCACGAGAGAAUCCACACAGGGGAGAAGCCACAUGCCUGUCCACAAUGUGGAAAAUGUUUUUCGAAGAGAUCCCAUCUAGUGAUACAUGAGAGAAUUCACACAGGAGAGAAGCCGUAUUCAUGUUCACACUGUGAGAAAUGUUUUGUAACUAAAGACAAAUUGAAGAAUCACUUGAAAACUCACAUAGGAAAGAAGCAGCACUGAUGUUCUGCAUGUGGUAAAUGUUUUUCAUGGAAAUCAGAUUUUUACUUAUCACUUAGAGAAGAAACCCCAUCCCCAUUACUAUACCUGAUGGGCCUGAAUUGUGGCAGAACAUACACCAGAAUAAUGUUGUGUGGAAUUAAAUACAAAUGUAUUCUCUUUGUGCCCAAAAAAUAGUCACAUGCCCCACAUGUGACUCCCUUCAUUUAAAUACACCAAAAGGGGCGUGGCAAUGAUUUGUCUAUAUUCAUGCCACAUUUACCAAGUGAGCGCACCAUUUAUUGACACAUAAAAUUUGUCAGAAGCAAAAAAAACAACAUGGAAUUGGUGUAAAAGUUGUCUAUAGGUGCAUCCGGGGCCGAAUCCUGUUUAUAGUUAUCAUUUAGUAAUGAAUACAGUCUGUAGUGUCUGUUAUUAGUGUAGCGUAGAUUUACUCUAUUUUUCUUGUCGGCUUUGCUUGAAUUCACGUAAAUAUAUAUUUGGCUUUUUUCGACAUUUUUAACCCACUUGUGCGGUUCUAAUACAUUUUGUCAUUAUAUUUUGGCUUAUUUUAAUCUUAUCCUGUUUCUUAUUUGUUGGACUUUAUAUAUAAAAAAAAAAAGUUGUAUCUGUACACAUCCUAAAGCUGUAAUAAAACUUCUAUUAUAACGUUA